AUGCUCUGGUCUAUGCGUUCUGUUCGAAGACGAGAGGAACUAUUUCCAAUUAAGGACGCCCAACCCUUGCCGGGAAGUCCUUCACGUCUUGCUGUAAGAGCCCUGCUAGCGGGUACAGCUUUGAGUCUCUUAAUUACCGGAACCUUGGUUGGUGGAACUUGGUUACUUCUUGGAAGGCCUUCACUUUCAUCUCUAAAUCAUGAGCUAAAUUCCCGUAUUCCAAAGAUCAGGACCACAGAUACCGAAAAUGGGAAUCGUAGCGAUUUCUCCAGUUUUAGAGAACUAUUCACCUACCUCCAAGAUGAAGAUGCGAAAAAUAAUAAACCCGAGAGAUGA